AUGAACUGCGACAUAUGUCACCGACCCCAUCAUCCGCAAAAGCUUCCCUUCCUUUGCGCGAUUGACUCCAGGAACCGGCUUUACGCCGGCCGCAUCGCUCAUGCAACUGCGUUGAUCGAGAACGAGGCCCUCAGUGUCGAGAUCAGCUCCGCUCUGACAGGCACAAAUCCUCCCUUGAGCAGCGAUGAUGUUGGCAAGAACAUCUAUGUCGAGAGGCUGAGGUCUGAGGAGGCGCAGGCCGCGGAUAGGACGAGCCAGAUCAUUGCACAGGCCGACAAGCUACGCACUGAAAUUGACACGGCGCGAAAAGAAAUUGCCGAGCGCAAGAACAAGAACGCCAGGAGAAAAUCAGACCUGGCUGAGGCUUCCAAUGGCAUCGAAGCGAGACGAUCUAGGCACCUGGAUGAGGCCGAAAGGGCGAUCCAAAUGACAAAGUACAAGUGGAAUCGUAGCUUUGAGAGCAUGGCUGCCACCAGAAGCUAUCUGUGUAUGGAAGCUGCGAGGCUGUACGGGCUUCAUCGCAUCAAGAAAGGCAAUUCGGUGAAAUUUGAACUGGCUGGCAUUGAGAUGAUCGAGCUGCCUGGCAUGAUCACCGCAUCACCAGAGGCUAUUUCAACGUCCCUUGCGCACAUCUCGCAUAUCCUGAUGUUGGCUUCUCACUACCUGGCAAUACGCUUGCCGGCUGAGGUUACACUUCCUCAUCGUGACUACCCGAAACCAACGAUCUUUUCGCUAGCAUCCUCCCACCGUCAUGGCGAGGUGCCGUUUCCAGGGACUGUCUUAUUACCUCCAACUGAGCCGCGGGAUCAGAACCAAAAGCAUAUCCCCCGGCCUCGGCCACUCUACAUUGACAGACCGCUUUUAGUACUGGCGAAAGAGGAUCCUUCCACAUACUCUCUAUUCAUCGAGGGUGUUGUGCUGCUAGCUUACGAUAUUGCAUGGGCCUGCUGCACGCAGGGAGUGCCCAUAGGCGACAAGACGUCCUAUGAGGAUGUCUGCAACAUGGGUCGCAACCUGUAUAAUCUACUCAUUGGCAACCAGUUGACCAACAACCCUGCUGCCCGACUUGUCCAGCCACCACCAUCUCCCGAGGCUUCUAACGUUCCAGAAUCAACAGAACAGGCCAAAGAUCAUCUCGGGGGCAAUGCGAAGCCCAUGAUGGGGCGAUUUUCUCACGGAACUGUUCACACGUUCCUCGGGAGCGCUGAAGGCAACGAGUUCACUCGGGUUUUCAAGCUUCCCAACCCAGUGAAAUUGGCAGACCGCCUCAAGAAGAAAAUGUUGAGCGAUGCGGAUGGGCUUGAUUGGGAGAUGCUGAAUGAUGACGCCUGGGCAGUGGACGACCCGAUGGAGGAAGGGGUCCAGGGGAGAGGGAAGCGGCAGGGUGAAUCGGCGGGUCAGAGAUUAUUCGGCGUCGAAAGCGUGGAUGAUGGGGCCAGCUCCAUUGCAAGCUUCGAGGAGGUCAGCAGUUUCUCUCAGAAACAAUCUGACCAAGGGAACUCUUGCCUCAACACGGUUGAUAAAACCGAAAGUGAGGCUGUCCCUGACGUCAGAUACGUUCUUCAAUACAAGAGGAAGGGCCAUGUUGUCGAGUCCCGCCAGAUUUUUGAAAGGGCCAACAAGCGCGUCGAUGAGCCCGCCCCGGUCUACCAUGGCUCUGAUGGCGAAACUUGUUCCUUCGACGAAGAUGCCUAUAAUGUCGAUCCGGGGAAUUUCAUGAGAACAGACAUACUUGUGAACUCGGAGUAUCUCAUCAAUGCGUUGAGAGCUGUCAUCGGAUCGUACCCUGGUGUCGACUUUCUCGGCGAGACUGUCUCAUUCGAAGCUCCUUAUCAUGCCCUAUUCCAUCACAAGGAUGCCCUCUCCCGUCACCGCAUUUCCCAGCCGUCAUGUCACGAUGACAAGUAUGCCGUCAGCACGGCCAAGCACAUCGAUAUACUCCUAGAAUUUCUAGAAAAGACUGUUUAUAACACUGGACGAGUUGUCAUCGAUGCAGAAGGCUAUGACCGCUUCUCUAUGGGUCCUGGACCGAACGGCCCUCGGGGCCCUCCUCCGCCGCAUAAUCAAUACCUGCCGCCUCCACCACCACCACUGAGGCCCCUCGCACAGUUUGGUCCGCACUGCGGGUGUCAAGCCUGUGCCGAAGAAGGUGAUGAACAGCCUGGAUACUUUGCCAACUUCGAGGAUCUGGACCCCCUGACGGAUGCGCCGCCAACACGACCUGUUAGCAUCGAUCACCUGAGUGAUGUGAAGUGCGAUACCGAGGCCUUCAAGUACCUUGUCCUCGACGAGGGCGUCAAGUCAACGGUGAAGGCACUCAUAGGGAAGUUCGCCUCUUCAGAUGGGAAGGUCUCGCCCUGGCCGAAUGAUUUAGUUCGCAACAAGGGGGAAGGCCGUAUCUUUCUCCUGCACGGUAGCCCGGGUGUGGGCAAAACUUGCACGGCCGAGUGUGUUGCUGAGCUCACCAGACGCCCGCUCCUUUCCCUGACGAGUGGUGACAUCUCCACCUCUAUGUCCAUCUGGCAUGUCGAGCACAAUCUGCGUUACUUCCUGACCCUCGGCGAGCGCUACGGCGCCCUCGUGCUCCUCGAUGAGGCAGAUGUAUACCUCGAAGAGAGGCGUUCCCGCGACCUGCGCCGCAACGGUCUGGUGUCCAUCUUCCUGCGUGCACUGGAGUACUACCGUGAUGUCCUCUUCCUCACGACAAACCGUGUGGAAAGCUUCGACCCGGCCUUUACGUCCCGGAUCCACGUCGCCCUACACUAUCAGCGCCUCGGCGACGCCGAUAGAGCCCGAAUCUGGGCGAACAAUUUCGACAGGCUCGAGCGGGACAGCGCCGCGAAGGUUUAUGUUACCCCGAGCGCAAGAGAGUUGGUCUUUGACCGACGUAACAAUGGCGAGGUCAAUGCACUUCGCUGGAAUGGACGUGAAAUCCGCAACGCACUGCAGACGGCGGUGGCCUUGGCUGAGACAGAGGCUUUGGAUGAUGGGCUAGAGAAGGUGAGUAUUGCAGCUCGACAUAUCCGACAAGUGGUAAAGAUGAGUCGGGGGUUUAGGGAGUACUUGAUCAAGAGGAGAGGCUAUGACAGUGAUGACGAGGAGGAAAGAGAGGAAGAAGAAGACAAUGAGGAGGAGAAUAGAGAAAUGGCGGAGGAGUGA